AUGGCAUCAUCUCCAAAUCCUACUGAUCAGAACUUCAUUGUAGUAGAUUUCCACUACAAUGGUCAGUUUGCCCCCAAUCCCUUAGUUUACUUUGAUCCAGACAGAGCAUCAGUGCGAGAUGUUGACUUCAGUGGGUUUGGGUAUGAGCAAUUCAUGGAAUUCCUUCACAAGCUCACCAAAUCGAGAAGCAAAGACAUCUAUUUCUGCCUUCCACAAGAGUCUUUAGGUCUUGGAAUUCAUACACUGGUGAACGAGGGUGAUUACAAGGAAUUUUUGGAUUUGGCGUAUGCUAAUGAGAAAAGAAUGAAUGUAUAUGUGGAUCAACAUAAUGAACCUAUCUUCGACUGGAUUGAGGCUGAGGAAAGUGAAAGUGAAAACGAAGACUUAGAUGAAGAUGGGGAUUCAGUUAUUCAAGAUUCAUAUUCUGUUGAUCAUGAAGAAGAUGAUGCUACCUAUCCAUUUCCAGCAAACAAAACUGCACAUGAUAGAUUUUUAAACAUCCUUUGUGAACCUACAGAGAGUGAAGAUCAAGAUGAUGAAUACGUGCCACCCCAGUACCCUGUGUAUGAUGAGAGACAGCCAUGGGAUCAGAUGAAACCAAUUAUAGUUAGAGGAGAAGUUCUUUCAGCUGUUGGGAGAGAUGCAAACAACCACAUCUACCCUUUAGCAUGGGUUGUGGUAUGUGUUGAGAAUAAAGAAACAUGGAAGUGGUUCAUAGAUUUGCUUAUGGAUGACAUUAAUGGUGAUCUUGGUGCAGGCAUUACCCUUCUUUCUGAUGGACACAAGGGGUUAUUACAAGCAGUUAAGGAAAGAUGUCCAGAAGCUGAACAUAGGCAAUGUGCUAGACACAUUGUGGCCAAUUUUAAUAAAAGGUUUACUGGUCAAGCAUACUUAAAGUUAUUUUGGAGGGCUGUAAGGGCUAGUACUGUGGAGAAGUUUAGAGGUGUAAUGGAGAAGAUCAAAUCUAUUGAUACUCAUGCUUAUGAUUACCUUAUAUACAAAGAUCCUACUACCUGGUCUAAGGCAUUCUUUCAAGAAGGAAGAGAUUGUGAUGCUGUGGAGAAUAGGGUCAGUGAGAGUUUCAAUUCUGCUAUUAGGCAUGCUAGAAGGAGACCUAUAAUCACUAUGCUGGAGGAGAUUAGGAAGCGUAUAGAAGAGCUGAAGGUUAAACAGAGAUUCACUGAUGUUGCAUAUGGAGUGGAUCUAAUUGCAAAGAAGUGUGCCUGUAGAAUAUGGCAAAUUACAGGGAUACCAUGCUUACAUGGAGUGGCAGCAAUCUCUUACUUAUAUCAUGAUGCAGAGACAUAUGUGUCCCAAUCAUACACUACUGAGGCUUACCUAGAAUGCUACAAAUAUAGCAUUAAUCCUCUCAAUAGUAGUGAUAUGUGGCCAGAUGUUCCAUACCAUAAGCCUUUGCCUCCCAAAAGAAGAAGAUUACCUGGUAGGCCAUCAGUGAAAAGGAAGAGGGAUGCAAUUGAAUGA